UAUGUUAGACAAGUUUCAGACCUGACACAACUCAUCUAGAAGAAGUAAACUAAAACAAAGACAGGCCCGUGAACGUGGAGUAAAUAAAAAGAUAACGAGAAUCUCGGGAACCACUUCCAUGGAGUCUACACUCGCCGCUUUCUCAAUGGUCUCGGCAACAACGACGGCCGGAACAACUGGUCCUUCAUUGCCUCCCAUCACUAUCUCUAACAGUCACAAUUCCGGCGCCAGACACGUCCAUCCUCUAUUGCUCGCUCGCCGUCUUGGUGGCUUGGGAGCUGCUGUUGUGCCGGUGAACCGACGCCGUUUGCAAUGUUUUUCCACCUCAUCUCCGUCCUUCAGUGGCGGCGGUGCUGGAUUCGGCGGGUAUAGCGGCGGAAGCGGCGGUGGAGGCGGGGGAGGAUCGGAUAGUGGUGAUUCAAAGUCGAAAUUGGGUGCUGGAGCAGGUGAUGGCGGCGUCUCUGUUCCGUCUUCAGACAUCAUUGUUCUCAAUGUCGGAGGGAUGACAUGUGGUGGUUGUUCAGCAAGUGUGAAGAAGAUCCUGGAAAGCCAACCGCAAGUUGCUUCUGCUAGUGUUAACCUCACCACCGAGACAGCAAUAGUGUGGCCUGUACCGGAAGCCAGAAGUGUAACUGAUUGGCAAAAGACUUUAGGCGAGACCCUUGCUAAUCAUCUCACCAACUGUGGUUUUCAGUCCACUCCUCGAGAGGAAAUUCCUGAAGAUAUUGCACCUUGACAGUAUGAAAAAUUUCGCCAGCAGCAAUCACUAAAGAUAUGAUGAUUAAGAGCAAUUGCUAGUGAGGAAUGGAUUGUGAACAUAAGUUUCUGGUUCUUGUGGUAAUUUGUUGUCGGUCUCCUUUGUGAUAUAUUGGUUUAUUGGUUAUCAUAAGGCCAUGUAUUUAUCUUAUGUUUUCCAUUGAUGUCAUUCCUUCUCUGGACCAGACAGCAUAAUCUUGUUCUAUAACAAAACAAUUAGUGGUGUCACCUGAGGACCGUCUUUGUUAUCUUA